AUGUGGAUGCACAGUGGCUACAACAGCCAUCCUUCGUCACCCACUGUGGACACCAACACAACAGAGAUCUGUUCCUUCUCCAAGACAGCAGGUGCUGCCAGAGGGGCUGUGGGUGUGUUAACAUAUGAGCUACUCAAGAAGAGGAAACAUCAUUCUGAGGACCUGGAAAGUUGCCACUGCAAUGAACAAGUAGCUAUCAUGUUCUCUGUGCCGUAUGACUACAACCUCUAUGACAACUGGUUGGCGGUGGGCAUUUUUGAAAACGCUCGACCAUGUGAUGAAACGCUCUUCAAGCUCAUGUACUAUGAGUGUGGCUCCACGUUCACUCGUGCCAAGGCCAAAGAUUGUGGUGCAGUGUACGUAGGGAAGUCAGUGGAAAUCAGAGCUAGCAUGAGCAAUGCAGGUAGAGCUACUCUUAAGGUGGAGGUUUGUGAUAAGAGAUAA